ACACUCGACACUCGGAGCCCCCACGCUGCGCUGCCCUAGAAGAAGGCGAACCGGCAGGAUCCGGGUGGCGCCUUGUGUCUCUCACACCCCACCCGGCGCCCCCCUAAACUCGCUUCGAGACAGCAGGCCCACCUGUGCCCCUGCGACAAGGUGCUCCAGCCCUGAGCGCCAUGGCCGGCCUCCCGACCACGCCUUCUCCUGCAGCAGAAGAGCUGAUGACUACCCCACUUCUGCAGGCCACUGAGGCCCUGUCUCCAGAAGCUGAAGAAGCCAGCACAGCACUCAUUGCAGUUGUUAUCACCGUGGUCUUCCUCACCCUGCUCUCGGUUGUGAUCUUGAUCUUCUUUUACCUGUACAAGAACAAAGGCAGCUACGUCACCUAUGAACCUACAGAAGGCGAGCCCAGCGCCAUCCUCCAGAUGGAGAGUGACUCAGCCAAGGGCAGAGAGAAGGAGGAGUAUUUCAUCUAAUGACCACCAGGCCCGAUGGAGCGAAGUCCUGACUCCAGUGCUAAUGCAGUGACUGCUUAAUUUAUUAGCUCGAAGUUUUAUCUAAAGCCAGUGACACUGAUUAUAAUGGGAAAAUCCAAGCUCCUUGCAGGACACAGACCCAAAUGCCAACAUCACUGACUCCAGGGACCAGAAGCUGCUUACAGUGUCAGUAGGCCUUUAGAAUAGAACUGGUGUCUGACUAGCCAAGUGGGGCUAUACCAGGGAACAUUUGAGUACGUGCCUUCAUGUGGGGAGAAGGAAUGAGGGUCACUGGCUAAUGCUUCCCUCUGUCCUCUUUGUGGCCACCUAGUUAUAGCCCAGAAGGAAAUAUCCAGUUCUUCCCAGGAGUAGAUGCCACACUAAAAGGCCAGGCCCGCAGGGAUAGGAAACGCUGGGGUUUCACAUCCUGAUAAAUGUGUUCUAUCCCUUAAUCUGAGCCCUUCCUAUAUUCCCCAACAACCUUAUACUUGAGCUAUUAACACAAAUUAAACUUUUUCAUUGAUACAGAA